AUGCCUCCUGAAUCUCAGUCCUUGUCAGGGCAGCACUGUUUACAGUCUUCAACGUGCACAUUUGUUUCCUCGUGCUUUUAUCUGCACUUAAUGCCACCAUCAUCGAUGGGAGUUAUAUCAGAAUCUGCUGCUGCUCAACUUCUGGACUUUUCUCAGCGUCUCGAUAUUGGGUUGCUGGAUCGCGUUGUCAAUUGUAUGUAUCAUGAAGCCGGAGCUCAACAAAAAAUAGCAGAAAAAGUAUUAAAUACACUCAAGGAGCAUCCAGACGCGUGGAUGCGCGUGGAUUCAAUCUUAGAAUUUAGUUCAAAUCAAGAGACAAAAUACUUUGCUCUCCAGAUACUAGAAGCAUUAAUCAAAACACGUUGGAAGGUUCUUGCUCGUCCUCAAUGUGAAGGCAUUAAAAAGUAUAUUGUUGGUUUGAUUAUACAAACCUCAUCUAAUUCGGAGCUCCUGGAAUCUGAAAAAACUUACUUGGGCAAGCUGAAUAUGAUCCUGGUCGAGAUUUUAAAACAUGAAUGGCCCAAUAACUGGUCGACUUUUAUUAGUGAUAUUGUUGGUGCAAGUAAAACCAACGAGUCCCUAUGUCAAAACAACAUGGUGAUUCUACGUCUUCUAAGUGAGGAGGUCUUUGACUUCUCUUUGGGACAAAUGACUCAGUCAAAAGCCAAACAUCUUAAGGAUUCUAUGUGUCAACAAUUCAGUUUAAUCUUCCAACUUUGUCAAUACGUCCUUGAAAAUUCUCAAAAUGCAUCCUUGGUUGUUUCCACAUUGGAGACAUUGCUUCGUUUCAUGCAUUGGAUUCCUUUAGGUUAUAUAUUUGAAACUAAUUUAAUACAAACCCUUGUAUUCAAAUUCUUCAAUGUUCCCUUGUUCCGGAAUGUAACCCUGAAAUGUCUUGCAGAAAUAGCUGGUGUACAGGUCGAUGAAUAUGAUACACAACUGAUUGAAUUGUUUGUCUCCACUACUGAAAAAUUAAAAGAGAUGUUACCCUUGGAAACACGAUUAAAAGAGGCUUAUGAUCGAGGAAGUAAUGAUGAACAAAACUUCAUUCAAAAUCUUGCAAUUUUCUACACCACUUUCCUUAAAGGACAUGGCAGCCUUGUCGAGAAACCUGAGCUUAUUUGGAAUCUACAAGAUGCUUAUGCUUAUCUUCUUAUGCUUUCUGAAGUUGAAGAAAGGGAAAUAUUCAAGAUAUGCUUAGAGUAUUGGAAUAUUUUAGUUUCCGACUUGUAUCGAGAAAGUCUUACAUCACCCAUGGUCGGAACACUGGGAGAAUCAGCAACUGGAGAAGGUCGGAGCAAACAAUAUGCGCCAAUUUUAUCAAAGCUUCGAAGAAUUAUGAUUUCACGUAUGGCUCGUCCUGAGGAGGUACUUGUAGUUGAGAAUGAACAUGGAGAGGUUGUCAGAGAGUUCAUGAAGGAUACAGAUAGUCUAAAUUUAUACAAGAGUAUGCGUGAAACUUUGGUGUAUUUAACUCACUUGGAUCAUUCUGAUACAAAGAAAAUUAUGAUUGAAAAGUUACAAAAUCAAGUAGACGGUCGAGAGUGGUCUUGGCAUAACCUUAAUACUCUUUGCUGGGCAAUCGGCAGUAUCUCCGGUGCUAUGCAGGAAGAUGAUGAAAGAAGUUUCUUGGUUGUUGUUAUACGAGACCUAUUAGGGUUAUGUGAACAAAAACGCGGUAAAGAUAAUAAGGCUAUUGUGGCAAGUAAUAUUAUGUACGUUGUUGGUCAGUAUCCUCGAUUUUUGCGUGCACAUUGGCGAUUCCUUAAGACUGUGAUCACAAAGCUUUUUGAAUUUAUGCAUGAAACGCAUGAAGGUGUACAGGAUAUGGCUUGUGAUACAUUUAUCAAGAUUGCUCAAAAGUGUCGACGACAGUUGGUGACUAUACAAUACAGUGAAGCAGUUGAAUUCAUUGAGGACAUUUUGAAAGAAAUUGAUAUCAUAAUCAACGAUUUACAACCACAACAAGUGCAUACAUUUUAUGAAGCUGUUGGAGUAAUAAUCAGUGCCCAAUCGGAUUCAGCUGUUCAAGCCAGACAAAUAGAACGACUCUUCCGAUUACCUAAUCAAAUCUGGGAUGGAAUUCUUGUUCAAGCUGCAAGUAAUAUUGAACUGUUAAGAGAAUUUGAAGUUGUAAAGCAACUUUGUAAUUUGUUAAAAACAAAUCAUAGUGCUUGUAAAUCCCUUGGACAUCCCUACCUUGUUCAGCUUGGUCGUAUUUAUUUAGACAUGUUAAAUGUCUAUAAGAUAAUGUCUCAGAAUAUCGGUCAAGCGGUAGCCAGCAACGGGGAACAAGUGACAAAGCAACCACUUAUUCGCAGUAUGAGAUCGGUUAAGAAGGCUAUACUGAAUCUUUUAUCCUGUUGGAUAAAGAGAUCUACAGAUCCUGUAUUUGUUGCUGAGAAUAUUGUGCCUCCAUUGUUGGAUGCUGUAGCCGAUGAUUAUCAAAAGAAUCUGCCUUUUGCUCGAGAAGCAGAAGUUCUAAAUCUGAUGGCUGCUAUUGUUAAUCGUCUUGAAGAUCAUAUUCUGCCAGCUCUUCCACGGAUUUUAGACGCUGUCUUCCAGUCUACCUUAGAGAUGAUUGAUAAAGACUUGGAAGAAUUCCCUGAACAUCGAACCAAUUUCUUUACUCUUCUUCAAGCUGUAAAUGCUCAUUGCUUUUCAGCUUUGUUAAGUCUAACUCCUGAUAAAUUCAAAUUAAUUUUGGAUAGUGUAAUAUGGGCAAUAAAACAUACAAUGCGACAAGUCUCAGAAACUGGUUUGAAUAUCCUGCAUACAAUGCUUGUAAAUAUGUCCAACGCUAAUACUGAACAAAGGCAGGUAUUCUUUAAGACAUUCUUCAUGGACAUCCUGCAGCAUAUGUUUGCUGUUAUCACCGAUCGUUCUCAAACAGGAAAUUUAACUCUUCAGUCUUCACUACUAGCCUACAUGUUUAAAAUAGUAGAGAAUGAUAUCAUUACAGUGCCUCUUGGGGAUUCUCCUGAAACAACUAUUGCACCAGGUUCAAAAGUCAACGUACAAUAUGUGCAUCAAAGCUUAAGUCAAUUACUCAAACAAGUUUUCCCUCAUCUUCAGGAUACACAAAUUCGUGUAUUCAUUGAUGGACUGUUUUCAUUUGAUCAAGAUGUUGCAGCGUUUCGAGAACAUGUACGUGAUUUUCUGGUUCAGAUACGAGAGGUUGCAGGAGAAGAUUUGUCUGAUUUAUAUUUAGAGGAAAGAGAGGCUGAAAUUGCUCAGGCCCAAGCAGCGAAAUUAAAACGUCAAGCCUGUGUGCCUGGAAUUUUAGGUCCCCAUGAAGUUGAUAUGUGUGACUAG